AUCAGCCAAGGCAACCCUCCCUCCAUCCAAUGCGCGUCUAUCCGGUAUGACGACUGACCUCACAGGUGCACGUGUCCAUAAGGUCCUCAAAAGCUCGUCAUGUCGCACUUGGCUCUGCCAAUAGGCGUGUUCGGCGUCGGCGUGGCUCUGGGUGCAGCAGGAGCUUCCGCAAUUCAACGGAAUGAAACACAGCGAAAGGAAAAGGCGAUGGUCUCUGCGAUUGCGGCGAGUGAAGCAGCUUCGAAAUCGCCCGACACAGCGCUUCAGCUUGCUAGGCGAAGUUGGUGGGGUGCCAGUGCACCCACUUCAGAUUUGCUAGUCCACGCUGCUUACGUCUCGGCUUACGAUCGGCGACUGCGCCAUCCCAGCUGGACAGCAGAGCACUUGACCGCAACGUCCAUUCAACGCCCUCCCGUCGUACCAGGAACACCACCAGCCGGCUCUCCCGAUCGGUCGCGCUCGGUGUUCAAGGAAGACCCUCGCAUUCCUCUUCCGUUCCGUGCUCGCAUGGCAGAUUACUUCAGAUCAGGAUACGACAGGGGUCACAUGGUCCCAGCAGCCGAUGCUAAGUCGUCUCAGACAGCAUUGGACGAGACUUUCUACUUGACCAAUAUAGCUCCCCAAGUCGGCGAAGGAUUCAAUCGCGAUUAUUGGGCUCAUUUUGAAGACUUUACAAGGAGAUUGACUGGCAGGUUCGCUGACGUGUACGUCUUCACGGUGCCGCUGUACCUACCACGCAGGGAUAUUGAUGGAAAGUAUCGGGUAACCUACGAAGUGAUUGGAGAACCUUCAAACGUUGCUGUGCCCACCCACUUUGCCAAAGUGAUACUGGCGAGUGGUUUGCCUGUCCCGACACGGACGCAGAGCGCUCCAGCAGCCUUGCCAGCUCCCUCAAAUCCAAGCCCGUCGGUGCCAUCACCUACCAAUCUCACAGCAUCUAUCGUGUCAGGAAGGGGCCCAACGCUGCUCGGAGCUUUCGUUCUUCCCAACGCCAUCAUUCCAAACGAAGUUCCACUCCGCAACUUCAUCGUGCCAGUCGAGAGCGUCGAAAAAGCUUCAGGGGUCAAUUUCUUCCCGGAUCACAUCAAACAGGUCUCCAAGGCCCUGUGCGACGGGACGGACUGCAGCAUCAUCGUGCGAGAAUUCAAGGACAGAAGCUCAAGCAGGCCGUCAACCCCUUCACCGCUUCCCGCAGGUCGCCAGAGGUAGCUUUUAGAGCAAUGUAAUGGCGUCGUUGCAAUGCUUGCCCAAACUGCGCCAUGUGGAAGUGCGCACAAUGGCGGAUCUAAGGGUGUCAAGAUGGUUAGAAAGGGGAGUCGCGUCGUCAGAUUGGGAACAGACAUGUCACAGGCGGGAACGAAAGAUUUCAUUUUUUGAAAGGAAAAGAAGCUCGAAAGCGCCGAGACAGCGAUGCCUGACUUUGUGUUCGACCCUUGCUUUGAAAAUGGUG